UUAAUGGGACAAUUAAUUAGAUCAUUUUGAAUGUUGGGGGAUCAAAAUGGGAUUAAUCUCAAGUUUGAUGACCAAAAAUAAGAUUUAAAUUUUUUUAACGCUUAAAAUUUGGUCUUUCUGAACCAGCAGAAAAUACCGGUUUCUUCUUUCUUCUGCAGAGCUACACUUGCUACUUCAAUGGCGGGAACCAUCCAAACCCUCAUUCUCACACCUUCACCCACAAAAUCGCUUCUAUUUCGUCAUCGAAACCUUCAUUUUCCCGCCAAACAUGCUAUCUUACGCUGUCACUUCAUUUCUUCGCGUCGCAGCCGCUUGACUUGGAGAUCCAUAAGAGCCUGCGAGUCGUCCAAUCAGAUAGAAAGUGAUGGAGAAAAUCUUGAUCGGGAAUCGGGUUCAGUAGAGGGCUUACUUUGGGCUAGGCCAUUGUUGAAUUUUGCGUCGGAUAAUUUUCUUCCAUUGGCGCUUUUGGGUGGAGUAGCGUUAGGGCUUGCAAAUCCUGGCUUAGGUUGUCUUGCUGAUAAAUAUUCUCUGUCAAAAUUUAGCACAUUUGGGAUAUUCAUUGUUUCAGGAUUGACAUUGCGCAGUGAAGAUAUUGGUGACGCUGCAGAAGCAUGGCCUGUGGCAAUUCUUGGUCUAGUUUCCAUUCUAUUAUUUACACCAUACUUUUCAAGAUUAAUACUUCAUUUUCGGCUCCAACCUCAAGAAUUUGUUACAGGACUAGCUAUAUUUUGUUGUAUGCCAACUACAUUAUCAAGUGGUGUAGCACUUACACAGCUUGCUGGAGGAAAUUCAGCACUUGCUCUUGCAAUGACAGUGAUCUCUAAUCUGCUGGGAAUUUUGAUUAUUCCAUUUUCUAUCUCGAGAUUUAUAGCUUCUGGAGUUGGUGUAUCUGUUCCAACUAAGCAACUGUUGAAAAGUCUUGUGGUCACAUUAUUGAUUCCUUUAGUCCUGGGAAAGGUCUUACGAGAAUCCUUCAGAGGUAUUGGAGACUUUGUUGAUCAAAAUCGGAAGCUUUUUUCUAAGAUCAGUGCGAUACUACUAAGUUUAGUGCCAUGGAUGCAAGUUAGCAGGUCCAGGUCACUGCUAUUGAUGGUUAAGCCUGCCGUUUUUCUUGUAGCUAUUGGAGCCGGAGCGCUGUUGCAUCUCAUCUUAUUAGCCUUCAAUGUUUUGACUAUAAAGAGCCUUUCAGCUCUCUCGGGUGGUGGUCAGUCUGUCUUUGCAAAGAAAGAAAAUUCCAGUGCCUUUUUGCUUGUUGCAAGCCAGAAAACUUUGCCUGUAAUGGUGGCCGUGGUGGAGAAGCUUGGUGGUGCGUUUGGUGAGUCGGGUUUGCUGGUUCUUCCUUGUGUUGCAGCACAUUUGAACCAGAUAAUCCUGGAUUCUUUUCUUGUUAACUUCUGGCUUCGGAAGGAUACCUCCAACAGAUUCAAAGUUUCUUAAUGCAAUCCCACUUCUUGCUAUUCAUUUUUUUGUAAACCCGUGGUUGUGUAAUUGGGCUGUUUUAUGGUUAAAAAAUGGAAAAUCAAUUUAUUACACCUUCAAAAGGUUUCAGCCACAUUUAUACCAUUUUUGUUUGUGCAAUUGCAUCUUUUAACUUUGUUUCCUCUCUUGUACUCUCAAAAGGGGAAAAAAGGGCAAAAUA